CAGGUGCGGCUGGUGAACGGGCCUGGGCGCUGCGCUGGGAGAGUGGAGAUCUACUACCAGGGCAGCUGGGGGAGCGUCUGCGAUGACGGCUGGGACCGGUCUGAUGCUGCCGUCGUUUGCCGCCAGCUGGGCUGCGGAGGGGCGCUGGAGGCGGUUGGCUCCGCUCGCUUCGGGGAAGGCUCCGCUCAGAUCUGGCUGGAGAGCGUGAACUGCUCCGGGGCCGAAGCUGCUCUCUGGGACUGCCCGGCAGGGUCCUGGGGGCAGCACGACUGCGGGCACAAAGAGGACGCAGGAGUCGUCUGCUCAGAGUUCAUGGCCCUGAGGCUGGAGAAGGGCACCAACUGCUCCGGGCGCCUGCAGGUUUUCUACAAUGGGACGUGGGGGAGCGUUUGCUCCAACUCCAUGACUCCUGAAACUGUGUCACUGGCAUGCAAGGAGCUGGGCUGCGGGGACAGAGGAUCCCUGGAAACACAACGGCCCUACGGCAGGCUGUCUAGCACGGCCUGGCUGGAUCGUGUGGAGUGUGGGGAGAGAAACAGCUCCUUCUGGCAGUGUCCCUCCGCUCCCUGGCACCCGCAGUCAUGCGACGACCUGCGAGAUGAGACCCACAUCACCUGCAAGGGGGCUGCGGAGGUGAGACUGGAGAAUGGCGGCGGACGCUGUGCUGGGAGAGUGGAGGUGAAACACCAGGGCCAGUGGGGGACCGUGUGUGAUGACUCCUGGGACACGAAUGAUGCUGCAGUGGUUUGUAAGCAGCUGGGCUGUGGGUCCGCUGUCAAAGCUCAUGCUGAAGCAUACUUUGGGGCAGGAUCCGGCCCCAUUUGGAUGGAUGAUGUUAAGUGUCACAGCACAGAGUCGGCCCUGUCUGACUGUAGACACAAUGGAUGGGGUCAAAGCAACUGUGAUCAUGGUGAGGAUGCUGGGGUGACAUGCUCAGGAUUUGUCCGGCUGGUUGGAGGGGACAAUCCCUGCUCAGGACAAGUGGAGAUCCAUGACGGGAGCCAGUGGAAAACUCAGGUGCGGCUGGUGAACGGGCCUGGGCGCUGCGCUGGGAGAGUGGAGAUCUACUACCAGGGCAGCUGGGGGAGCGUCUGCGAUGACGGCUGGGACCUGUCUGAUGCUGCCGUCGUUUGCCACCAGCUGGGCUGCGGAGGGGCGCUGGAGGCGGUUGGCUCCGCUCGCUUCGGGGAAGGCUCCGCUCAGAUCUGGCUGGAGAGCGUGAACUGCUCCGGGGCCGAAGCUGCUCUCUGGGACUGCCCGGCAGGGUCCUGGGGGCAGCACGACUGCGGGCACAAAGAGGACGCAGGAGUCGUCUGCUCAGAGUUCAUGGCCCUGAGGCUGGAGAACGGCACCAACUGCUCCGGGCGCCUGCAGGUUUUCUACAAUGGGACGUGGGGGAGCGUUUGCUCCAACUCCAUGACUCCUGAAACUGUGUCGCUGGCAUGCAAGGAGCUGGGCUGCGGGGACAGAGGGUCCCUGGAAACCCAACGGCCCUACGGCAGGCUGUCUGGCACGGCCUGGCUGGACCGUGUGGAGUGUGGGGAGAGAAACAGCUCCUUCUGGCAGUGUCCCUCCGCUCCCUGGCACCCGCAGUCAUGCGACGACCUGCGAGAGGAGACCCACAUCACCUGCAAGGGGAGUCAGCCAGAAACGCCCCCGGCCCCAAUGGCUGCGUGCCCCAGCACCCCGAGCUGCACAGACAGGGAGAAGAUUCGUGCCAUGGGAGGGGAGAAGGGGUGCUCUGGCCGAGUGGAGGUGUGGCACCGCGGCUCCUGGGGGACGGUGUGUGACGACUCUUGGGACAUGCGGGAUGCCGAGGUGGCAUGCAGGCAGCUGGGCUGUGGCCCUGCGGUGUCUGCCCUGGCCGAGGCUGCAUUUGGGGAGGGGAGCGGCCCCAUCUGGCUGGAGCAGGUGGAGUGCCGGGGGACAGAGCCAUCUCUGCAGGACUGCUGGGCCCGGCCUGGGGACAGCGGUGCCUGCCGCCAUAAGGAGGACGCGGCCGUGAACUGCUCAGAUGCACCCAGGACGGCAGCACCAACCCCUCCAGCAGAUCCCACGCGGGGCCGUCUGACCGGCAGCGGGAGAGUCUCCUUGCCCGUCAUCAUGUGCAUCAUCCUGGGAGCCCUUGUCUGCCUGCUCCUGGCCCUCCUGGCCGGGCAAGUGCGAAGCGCCAGGGCUGGGCGCAGAGGCUCUGAGAGAGCUCAGGAGCCCUUCCCUGAGGCCGUGUACGAGGAGAUCGGUUCCAGCCCAGCAUGGCAGAAGCAGGCAAGGUUCAGCGGCUCAGGAGCCCCCAUAUUGGUUCUUAUUAAAAGCCUUUGA